AUGCUCACGACUAGACGUAUAUCGAGUACCGUGCUUGAAGAUGUUCAAUGUCUCGGUCGAUUGAGUUCAUGGGAUAAGACCGUUGUGAUUAGGAAGAAUGGCGACUUCGAUAUAUAUACCAAUGAGGGAUUGCACACCUAUAGAAAACUGUGGAAUGAACCAAUACUAGAUAUGGGUUACUCAGAGGCAUUGUCUACCUUGUUUGUCCAAUGUGAGCAGAGUUUGGUUUUAUUUAACGUAGGAAACAUGGAACAGUACGACAAGAUUAUUGACAGAAGGGGAAUACUGAAGUUCUGGUGUUUAGAAAACCGCUGCGAUAAUGAAAUAGAUCAGAAGACAGUGGUGGUGAUUCUGCUCAAUACGAAGGUACCGAGGCUGAAGAUAUUCAUUUGGGUUUCGAGGAAGUUUUCCAAAGUGGUUGAAAUACAAUUAUCUUCAAAACGUGAAACCAUUGCGUCCGUCGCUCUUGUAGACCAAGGUGCUGUGAUCGCCACCAACCAUGGCAUUUAUAUUUGGAAGACUGGCAGCAGUGUUUUGACUAGUAUUGACAGCGUUGUAACGCCAAAAUGGUCUGCUUCUCUAUCUGCGUCACUCAAGGUUCUACAUAAUUCGGUGGACGGUACCACAAGAAAUGAUAACGAAUCACUCACUGAAUCCCAUACCUGGUCUUCUAUAGCGAAUUUAUGGUCAUCUGAUAGAAGACGAACACGAUCGUGCCGGGCAUUGAGGUACCUUUUCGGACCAAACCAUAAUGUCUGUAUUUUACUAGAUGGUCAAUCUCAGAGAUUACUGGAGUUACAAUCAUCAGACGAAGGCUUAUUCUAUUUGAAAGCUCUGCCAUACGACCAUUUCUUCCAAGUUAAUUUUGAUUUCAACGCUUGCGAAUACUUGGGAUCGAAUUUCAUUGUGCUAUAUAAUACUUCCACGAUAUGGGUAGUAGAUUAUGAGCAAGGUUUCGAGUACCUUAAAGUGAGAGUUACUGAUGGUAUCAAAAGAGUUUUCCAACAAAGCCCGGUGGAGAUAAUGGUAUGGACUUUAUCUGAUGUUAUUGAAAUCUAUAGAAUUGACGUAGAUGAGGACUUAGAUAUGAAGACUGAUACUUUAGGUGGGUCAAUGUUUGAUUUGAAUCUCGAAACUCUUGAGAAAAGAAUAGUGUUUUAUAAAAGCAUUCUUAAGUCAAACUAUAUUUCUUCAAUGAACAUAACAGACGAUGAUAGCGAGACGAGAAUCUCGUAUACUAUGAAGUUAAGAGAUUUGUAUAUCGUCUAUGCACUACAAAUCUUUGAUAAAGCGCAAAAAUUGCAUUCUAAAGGUGAGAAGAUCGGAUUGAAUGCCAAUACGACAAAUAUAUAUGAGAAAAUGAGCUAUCAGAUAUUCCGAAUAUUUCUUCAGUUCCUUGCUCCCCCUGUACUGAUAAUAUCCUUCUGUUUCCCUGACAAUUGUGAAAUUAUUCGUCGUAAAUUCGCUAUCAAAAACCAAUUUUUUAGAGAGACAUCUACGGAGCUGUCAGCUGCACUCAUCAGGAAGGGUUUCUUACCAUAUUUGACUGAAACAAGAAGGCAUGUGAAGAAUAUAUCCAAAGAAAAAGACACGUAUUGGUCAUACAAUGAUGUUUCAUUGAAACUCACUUUGUCAUUUUUUGAGAGUCAUAAUCAAGCUGAACUUUCCGUCGCCAAUAUACUCACCAUAAUUGAUACUACUCUCUUUGAGAUGUAUGUUAAAUACAACAGAUCGAUGGUCGGACCAUUGGUUAGAGUGGAUAAUAACUGCGACUUUGAUACUGUGGAGGAAAUUUUAAACAAGGAGAACAUGGUUCAUGAACUUAUAGAUUUUUAUUAUUUUAACAAUGAACACAGAAAGGCGUUGGACCUGCUAACGGAAAUUUUGGAUCGCACUGGUGAUUUGAAACCUGGAAUAAAAACAUUGGUGAUCGAAUACCUCAAGAAUCUUGAAUUCACGGAUUUGGAUCUUGUAUUCCAAUACUCGGACUAUUUGUUAGAAAAAUUCCCUGAUGAAUCAUUUGACAUUAUCAUGUUAUUAUUUCUACGUCCUUUGCCAUUUAGCAAAGAGCUUGAUCACCAGAGAAUAUAUGAAUACAUAGACAGCAAACGAUCGGAUCUGUCACUUUCAUAUCUAGAAUUUGUCGUCGGUGAAUUACAAUCCUCAGAAACGGUGAUUUUCUGUACACUCUUGAAACGUUACCUAGAGCACAUCAACAACUCUAGCACUGUAAGAAAGCUACAUGCUGUUUUGAAAUCGUCAAAAAAUUAUGACGCAAAACGUGUGUUGAAAAUACUUCGGAAUGCUAUGAAUGGCUAUGACAACAUCAAUUCUUUAGAAUUAAGAGCUUUAAAAUACAUCACAGUAUACCCAAUCAAUAUGUUAGGAGAUCAUCAGACGGCGUUAACAAUAUUGUGGGGAGAGCUCCAUGAUUACCAGCAGAGUUCAGACUACUGUAAUACAGUCUACCAGAAUGAUAAUGAUGCAGGCACCUUAUUGUUAAUGGAGUUUUUGGAUAAGAUCAUCGUUUUUGACAAUGGACAUAAAAAGCCUCAGUUCCUCAAACUGUUUCUGAUUGAGCAUGGAUCUAAACUACAGAGCGACAAGGUGCUUUUGAAACUUCCGGAGGAUAUGCCAAUCGCUGACUUGUCUAGUUUCUUCCACAUGGAAUUGAAAAAGAAUACAGCCGAACAAAACCAGCUCAAACUACUGAAGGACAUUUUGUAUUCUGAGUUGACUAAGGCAAAUUUCAAACUUGCUAAUGUGUUAAGUGAAUUUUUCAUAUUUUCGGAGGAAAGAAAAUGUCCUAUUUGUGGGAAGCUUUUAAAAAAUACAUCCGCAGACUCAUUAGCUAUCAUGACAUACAGAAAUAAAACGUAUGUUAUGUAUUCAAGCUGUGCCAAAAAGUUACAGGCAAAGAUUAAACACGAUGAAGAACCAUUUAACGCCAAACGGAUUCCAUUAUUAUCUGAGCUACUUUGA